GAGAUUUGGUUAAAAGGUGGGCAUAAGACAGAAAGAGAAGCAUUUUUGUGGUUAGUUAGUUAGGGGGAUAAGGAAGAGUGAGAGGGAGAGAGAUGGGACACGUAAUUCGACAGCUGCUGCUGAUAAACCCUCCUUCUUCUUCUUCUUCUUCGCCUCUUCUCAGGUGCCGGACUACUACUCUCGACUCAAACUAUGUUUUCUCUCUGCGAACUUCAAUUACCAAAAGCAAGCCCAGAUUAUCUUGUCUUUUCUCCGGCGGCAACCAGAGGGAGGACCAAGCUCGUAACGCAUUGGAAAGCGCUCUUGGUGGUAAGCAAAAUGAGUUCGACAAAUGGGACCAAGAAAUCAAGAAAAGACAAGAAUCCGGUGGUGACGGUAAUGCUGGCAAUGGUGGAGGAGGUUGGUUUGGAGGCUGGUUCAGUGGCGAUCAUUUCUGGAAUGAAGCACAGCAGAUCACCAUUACUCUCUUAGCUAUACUUUUCGUGUAUAUGAUAGUUGCGAAAGGUGAAGUAAUGGCUGCAUUUGUGCUAAACCCCUUGUUGUACGCGUUGCGAGGAACACGAGAAGGUCUGACUUCUCUAAGCUCCAAGCUCAUGGGAAGACAAGCUUCCAAAGUGAAUGGUGAUAACUCAGAGGAGAUGUGGAAGAAUGAUGGUUUGGUCUCUGCUAAAGAAAGCGUUGUCCGAAAAUGGGGAAGUGACUGAAUCACAGUUCAAGAAGAAAGACUUUGAAUGUUUUUCUUCUUCCGAUUUGUUUUAAAACGUCAAGAUGAGAUCAAAACUUCUUUUCAGUUAUGUAAUAAAGGAUAGGUACAUUUUUCUGUGAACAAAACAAACGGAGCAACUCUUUUGAUCUA